CAUGGAUGGGGUCAGCUUGCACCGAAGGGAGCGAAGCAAAAAGGGCGAAAAGUGGAUGUUUGAUAGAUUUGAGUUGUUUUUCGUUUAGCAGCUGCUGUGAAGGAUAAAGAAGUUCAUCCGGGAACAAGUCACAAAAUGGAAUGCGUGUUGGUGUAGCUGAUGCCCUGCAUGCUGCUGUCUGAAGAGCUUUAGCAGGAGAAGAGCCGUAAGCAUGGACAUGGACGACUUUCCUCCCCCGCCUCCUGAAAUGUUGGCAGGUGAUGAAGAUGAGGGGGAGCCCUUUGAUUUCGAUGACAGUGGUGAUGACAUCCCUGAGGCUGCUUGCCCACCUCCUGCACUCGUGACGCCUCUGGCUCCCGUCAGUAGGGAUCAGAGCACAGACUGUACUGUAAACAGCCUUCUCCCCAUUGGAGACUCCCCAGCACCUUCCAACACAGCUCCAUCAGCAGCAGAUGGAACAGUGGCCACAGCAGGUGGUGUAGCAGCAAAAGCUGAAGGGACAUCUGCUGCUGAUGGGACUGAUGACAGGGAGAAAGAUUUACCACCACCUCCACCUCCAGCCCCUCCCCUGGAUGAUGACAAAGAGACACAUCCUGGAACAGCAGCAGGCAGCAAAGUCCAGAGUGUAUCCAUCAGUGACGCUCACCCUCCACAGAUCGACCCCAGUUCCCCCCCCCAGGGCAAAGUCAACCCCUACUCUGUGAUUGACAUCACUUCCUUCCAGCAGCAUGGCCCCGCCUCUUCCACCCCCUCACCAGUUGAGCUCAAGGAAGGAGAGGGAGAAGGCCAGGACCCCCACAGCAGCCCUGCUGGCAACACUUCAGGAUACUCGGUGCCUGUGCCAUGUGGCUAUGCAACCCCCUCUGGUGUACCGCUCAUCACACCAGCUUACACCACACCCGUCAUCAUACGACAUCUCUCCGUAGAUGAAGAUGUGACACCGGCUGUGACUGGACUCACCUGUGCUGACAGUGUUUUCAGUGACGAGUAUCCACCCAUUAGAGAAGAGGACGCUUUGGCAAAAUGGGCAUCAGAUCCUGCCAACACAGCAUGGAUGGAAAAUCCAGAUGAGGUGAUUUAUGAUGACGUGCCGAGAGAAAACUCUGACUCCAACACAGAUCCAGAUGAGAUGAUCUAUGACGAUGUGGAGCUCGGUGAAGAGGGUGGCUGCAACAGCUCCCUUGACAAUGGCUGGAGCUCCAGUGAGUUUGAAAGCUAUGAUGAAGCCAGUGAUGGGGAGGGUCGCCCUGAGAAUGGCCUGCCCCAUGCCUUCAUGAGAGGAAAGCCGCCCCAGAGGAAGACCCAUCUCUCUCAAGAUCUGACACGCUUGAAAGAACACUAUGAGAAAAAGAUGAAAGAUCUAAUGGCAAAUACAGUGGGAACGGUAGAGCUGCAGCAGUUAAAACAGAAACACGAGCAAAAGAUGCAAAAGCUGGUGAAAGCAGCCAAGGAAGGGACCAAAGAUGGACUUGAGAAAACCAAAGCUGCAGUGAAGAAAGGACGCUCUUUCAUCAAAACCAAGUCAUUCUGUCACGAGAAGUCAGCCUGUUUCGAGGAUGAGGAGUCUAGACUCUUCAUUGAGGUGGACUGUUUUAAUGUUGAGCCUGUACUGUGUCCAGCACCGGAGGGUCUUUCACAGCAACAGCUGGUGAGACGAUGCAUUCUGGGGUCGAUACUGGAAAGUGAGAAGAAUUAUCUUGAUGCGCUCAAGAGGAUUUUAGAGCAAUAUGAGAAGCCCCUGUCCCAGAUUGAGCCCAGACUGCUGAGUGACAGGAAACUGAAGAUGACUUUCUAUCGUGUGCGUGAGAUCCUGCAGUGCCACUUCCUGUUCCAGAUCGCCCUGGCAAGCCGUGUGGCUGAGUGGGACAGCCUGGAGAUGAUUGGAGAUGUCUUCGUAGCUUCGUUUUCAAAGUCCAUGGUGCUGGACGCCUACAGUGAGUAUGUGAAUAACUUCAGCACUGCAAUGGCGGUCGUGAGGAAGACGUGCGCCUCCAAACCUGCUUUCCUGGAAUUCCUCAAGCAUCGUCAGGAAACCAGCUGUGACCGGAUGACUCUGUAUGGGCUGAUGAUGAAGCCCAUACAGAGAUUCCCUCAGUUCAUUUUGCUUCUACAGGACAUGCUGAAGAACACACCGGUGGGUCACUCAGACCGCCUGCCCCUGCAGAUGGCCCUGACCGAAUUGGAGACUCUGGCUGAGAAGCUCAAUGAAAGGAAGAGAGAAGCCGACCAGCGCUGUGAGAUCCGGCACAUCGCAAAGGCCAUGAACGAACGCUACCUCAACAAGCUUCUAAGUAACGGCAGCCGCUACUUGAUCCGCUCAGACGACAUGGUGGAAACAGUCUACAACGAGCGUGGUGAAAUCAUCAAAACCAAGGAGCGACGCCUGUUCCUGCUCAACGAUGUGCUGAUGUGUGCCACGCCCAACAUCCGAUGUCAGGAUGGCAGUGGGAGUGGGAGUGGAAAUGUCCCAUAUGACCAGAAGUUCCUCCUAAAGUGGAGCGUGCCUUUGAGCUUCGUGGAGGUGCUUGAGUUCGGAUCCAGCGAGGACAUGGUGGACCACAGCCGCUUCCCUCAUUCGGGGGAGAAAGUGGUGAUCAGCGCUAAGCCAAACAAGCUGUAUAUGGGCCCUGGCCAGCUGUACCAGGAUCUGCAGAAUCUAAUCCAUGAUCUCAGCCUGGUCAACCAGAUCUCCACCAUGAUUGGCAGCCUCAAAGGAAACUACCAGAAUGUAAAUCCCACAGUGGCCCAAGACUGGGUCUCAGGACUCCAGAGGCUGAUACUGAAGAAGGAGGAGGAGAUCAGGGCAGCUGACCGGUGUAGGAUCCAACUCCAGCUGCCUGGCAAACAAGACAAGACGGGUAAACCCACUUACUUCAGUGCCGUGUUCAACACUCUCAGCCCAGCCAUCAAACAGUCAUGGAUCAGCAACUUGCAGAUGGCAAAGCUGGCUCUGGAGGAGGACAACAUGCAGGGCUGGUUCUUUGCAGAGGAUGAUGGAAAUCAGAUCAAAAAGCAGAAACACCCCCUGCUGCUUCGACAGAUGCCUGUGGUCAUGUCAAAACUGCAAGAGUUUAAGGUGGAGUGUGCUGUUCAUAAUCCAGAGCCCCAUAUCAACACAGAGAGCACAGCAGACACCCCAGUGGUGGGCCAUGGAUGUGUCUGGGUUGCAAGUUGCACCAAUCAGAUGGGACAGAUUGCCAUAGUGGCCAUGCAGAACUCCAGCCCUAAGGUGACUGAGUGUUUCAAUGUGGAGUCUCGGAUUCUCUGCAUGGCCUACGUCCCAGCGGAGCAGGUCGAGGAGAACGGUGGAAACGUCCCUGAGAAUAGCCAUGCUUCCUCAGCGAGGCCCACUGAGACCCCCAGUGUCUGUCUGGGCAUGGAGGAGGGGAGCAUCAUCGUGUACAAGAGCAGCCAGCGGUCCAAGAAAGUACGUCUGCAGCAUUUCUUCACCCCAGACAAGUCCACGGUCACCAGCCUGGUGUACAGGAAGUGCUGCCUGUACGCGGGGCUGGUCAGCGGCGCCGUGGCGGUCUACGCCAGAUCACAAGACGGUUUGUGGAGCAGCGACCACCCCACGUUACUGAAGCUGGGGGUCCUCCCUGUGAAGGCCAUGCUUGCUGUGGAGGAGCACCUCUGGGCCUCCUCAGGUGGACAGGUCUUCAUCAUCAGCACCCACACACACUCAGUAGAGCGGCAGUUGGAGGCCCACCAGGAUGAGGGCAUGGUGGUGUCCCAUAUGGUGGUGGCCGGGGUCGGCAUAUGGAUCGCCUUCAGCUCUGGUUCCACGCUGCGACUCUUCCACACCGAAACCCUCGAGCACCUGCAGGACAUAAACAUCGCCACACCUGUCCACAGUAUUCUUCCAGGGAACCAAAGAGUGUCGGUGAGCAGUCUGCUGGUUUGUCACGGUCUCCUACUGGUAGGGACCAACUUGGGAGUGACUGUGGCUCUCUCUGUCCCCAGACUGCAGGGCAUCCCCAAAGUAACAGGUCGGGGCAUGGUGUCAUUACACGCUCACAAUGGACCAGUCAAGUUCCUCACCGCGGCCGCUGCAGUGUGUAACCGGCCGUCUGGUCUGCCACUCCAGCCUGCAGAGUCAAAGGAUGUGGAGAGCACCCAGCCUCCAUCAGACUCAUCCCCGACACCCCCUCAAGGAUGUGGGGUGUGGCUCGGAGAGGCGGGCUGCACCACCAUGGCUCUCCAGGACUCCCUGUCCUCCUCAUCCUGCGGCUCUCUAGCUCCAUCCCAGGGUUCCUUGGAGCACGGGCCUGAAGAUGGGGCCCUUUACGAUGUGCUUCAUGACCCGGCCCAUCACCAGAGGGGCCGCCGCUCAAGUAAGGUGGAUGUGAGUUCUCUCUUGGUGGUAUCUGGAGGUCUGGGGCACCGCAGGGUCAACAAGAAGACCAAACAGUCGCGCCACGAGGACACCACCUCUACCAUCAUGAUCUGGCAGAUCCCCUUACUCAACAUGUGACACCAGCACCAAGGUGAAUCCAGAAGUGCUGCAUACAACUCUCACAAGAAGAUCUACUGUUAACACUUGACAGAAUAUUUGGGACCAGAAUGGGACAAAGAUCAGGAAAGAGCAGGCAGAGGACGGCCGCAGAGCAGCCGAAGGCCGGACUGAAGUCCAUAAGGACGGAAACACGGUCUCUGAUGUUGGCCGGUGUUGCUCUGUGAUAUAGCUAACACAUUUAUUACUCUCCAGUGUUUCAGGUUCAGCGUGUGGAGCUGCAGUAUUUAAAUCAGUGUUGAAAAGAAAUUAAAGAGUUAAGACAUGAAUAUCCUGACUGCUUGGAGGUGCGUAAGGAAACGGCUACGUGAGCUUCUCUGGGCUUUGGACAGAGUUUCUAUCAGAGCUGCACCUUUAAGGAUGACAGCUGAGGAGUCUGUGCAUGAGGUCAGAGAGGGCGCGCGCGUGUGUGUAUACGAGUGUGUGUGUUGUGUCACUCCUGUAGCAGCUUCUCUGAUGCUCCACUGUGCUAACAGAGAGGAUUUUAAAGGUGAGACCUGAUGAAUAAAGUGGUUUGUGAGGUCUGAUGAGGAUCCUGCUGGUCAGGUUCCUGUUCAUGGAGGGAGGAAAGACUUGCUGCCAGCAUGAGAGAUUUUUGUUUCUGGAUGUCUUAAAAAAAUAUGAAAAGCUUUAUACCUGUGCCACACCUUUUAUGUGCUUGUGUUUAUUAACAAAUGUAUAAACACUGUUUUAUUACGCACA